AUGCGAUUUCACGAUGCACCUUUAUUAGAACAACUGAGUAUUAAUCUCGGUCCACAAUGUCCCAUUGAUGUUGAGGUUGUAAAGUGGGUUGCAAAAGCAGUUGAACGUUGCGUGCUGCGUAAGUUAGAGUUCGAGCUCCGCUGGAAUAACGAGCCGAUGAGAAUGCCUAAUAGCCUUUACACUUGCGAGACGCUUACAAAACUGAUUCUUGCUGAGAAGGUUCUCGUGGAUGUUCCUUGUCCGGUUUAUCUCCCAUCACUUUACCGACUUGAUCUUCUCGAUGUUGUCUACAAAGACGAAGAUUCUCAUGUCAGGCUUUUAUCAGGUUGCCCGUUCUCAAGCGCCUGA